CCCAUAUUGCAGGCUGUUGGUUGGUCUAGAAGGGUGUAGUGAGGAAUUUGCUAUAUUUAGCUAGAGAUACAAUUAACCUGCAUUUAUUUUAAGAGUAACUACAUAGCUAGAAACGAUCACCAUGGAUGGUUGUGAGGAAGGCAGCGGGACCAACAGACUGGUGGUGGAAAAGCUAUCCUUGUCCUGUGAUAGACUGCUAUCUCACCUACAGCUGGCCUGCUGUCCCUCUCACUGUGCCUCACCACUACAAGGCAAGGACCUGUUCAUACACUGCCUCCUGGACACAGAGCUGAAGGCCCUGCGACUGACUGGUCACCAUGGAGACAUCUCUGCCAUGGUGUUUGGGACAGGUAGAGACCCUCUCCUGCUCUGCUCUGCCUCUGCAGAUUAUGUCAUAAUCUGGGACAUCCAGCGCUGCUACAGGAGAACUAGGGAGGGGAUAGUUGCGUCUGGUACAGUUAUUGGGACACUACUGGGCAAGGUAGUCCAUCUGUCAUUUUGUCCCUGUGAUGAGCGAGUGGCUGCAUGCUCAGGGGCGAAAGUAUACAUACUCAACUCCAAUAUAGAGGAAGUGUUGUCUGUGCUGGCUGGCCACCUGGGACCUUUGACAGCAGCUGAGUUCUGUCCAUGGGACAAAGACAUCUUGGUGUCCAUAUCAGAAGACCGCACGUUUAAGGUUUGGGGAUUAAAAAUGGAACAGAUUCUCUAUCAGUCUGCUGUAUUGUCAGCAUCUCCACUACUCAGUAUGUUGUUCUUGGAGAAGAGCAGGCAGCUUGUCACUGGUUCUGCUGAUGGACAGGUGUGGAGCCUCACUCUUCCUGAGGACCACAGAUGUCAUUUGGUGACCAAAUUGGACCUUCACAAGGUGCAGCAACGACACCAAAGACACCUGGACACAGUGGCCCCACAGACUGGUGGUGUACUAGGAAUCACUCCAGACCCAGUGGAGACGGCAAAGCCAGUCCUCAGAAUGUGUGCUCAUCACAGGCGGCUACCUGACAUUGAUCAUAGGCAGCAGAGCUGGGUGUGGAUGGGAAGCUCUGAUGGCCUCUACCUGGUUGACCUGGGCACCUCUGAGCUCCACAUGACACUACUUUUCAGAGACCACCCCAACUUGAGCAUCACCAUGGCUGGAUCAUGGGCCAUGUCCCAAGGACUGGAUAACAGUAUGAUCUUUGUGGUGACCUCUCUAUUUGAGGCCCUGGUGUCUGUAUUGGAGGUGAGACUGCUGGCGUCAGGGUCCGUGGACAGCCUCUGUCAGCACCUGGAGGGGCUCUCCGUCAUGCCCAGUGCCCCUCUGAUGCCUGAAUCUCCUCUCAACGCUGAGUUGAAAAAGAAGGGUCCUAAACCUCCCACAAAAACAGGGAAACGUGGUGUGAAGGAGCAGCCUCUAGUUUUCCACACACAGGUCAAGUCAUCAGGAUACACACAAUGUCCCCGAAUGACAAUGUUCUCACCCAAGACCAAUAUUCAGAAGAAGACCCCAGGACCUACAAAGACCAACAAGAAGAUAGGAUGUCUCAUUAGUGAAUACCCAGGAGACACUGCAGCACCCAGUGUCCCACACACUAACCUCUGCACAGUCAAAACCCCUACACCAGUUUGCUGUACCCAAUACUCAGGAGAUGGAAAGCAGAUUCUGUGUGGUCUGGGAGACAGAUCUGUAUUGUUGUACAAGUCCUCCCUCACUGGCACUCCAGCUGUUUACACAGGUCAUGACAAGGCAGUGAGCAGUGUGGCCUGGAGUCACAGCAGACAGUGGUGGCUGAGUGCCUCAGAAGACAGGACCCUCCGCCUCUGGCCCACAGGAAGUCCUGAGCCUGCCAUUACCAUGGGGGGUGAUGAGAAGUUCUCCAAAACCAUCCGGGGGGCUCAGUUCUACUACCUGGAUAAGUUCCUGUUACUGGCAUCUGGUCCCUCCCUACACCUCUACCUGUAUCACCUGGACAACACACAGGACGACAUUAAAAGGUACCAGCAGAGGAGUGCCAUCAAACUGAUAAGAUGUUUAGAGACUAAGUCAGGAACAGACAUCACUGCUGUGUCAGUCAUCAACGACUUCUACUCCUACAUAGUGCUGGUGAGUGGUGCUGACCGCUCCAUCCAGGUGUUGGACAUGAACACAGGGACAGUGGCCUCACAGCUCCCUGAUGCCCACAGCAGAGCUGUCCAUCACAUCACACAGAACAAGGGCUCUAUGUUCAGUAGCCAGACCCCAGACUCCUACAACCUCUUCCUGACCAGCGCAGUGACCGACGGAGUUAAGCUGUGGGACCUGAGGACACUCAGACUCACCCUCAACUGACUCUAAACCACAACUGAGUCUCCCUCUGGCAGCAUUCACUCUCUACCACUCUCAUCCUCAACAGACUCACCCUCAACUGACUCUAAACCACAACUGAGUCUCCCUCUGGCAGCAUUCACUCUCUACCACUCUCAUCCUCAACAGACUCACCCUCAACUGACUCUAAACCACAACUGAGUCUCCCUCUGGCAGCAUUCACUCUCUACCACUCUCAUCCUCAACAGACUCACCCUCAACUGACUCUAAACCACAACUGAGUCUCCCUCUGGCAGCAUUCACUCUCUACCACUCUCAUCCUCAACAGACUCACCCUCAACUGACUCUAAACCACAACUGAGUCUCCCUCUGGCAGCAUUCACUCUCUACCACUCUCAUCCUCAACAGACUCACCCUCAACUGACUCUAAACCACAACUGAGUCUCACUCUGGCACUCCGCACCAUGAUUGCACUAUUUCUCAUGCAGUUGGAAUCACUAAUCCUUUUCACUCACACACACUUGAUUUUUCACAUUUUUGAGACUUUGAUUACUGAUUAACUGCACAUUGACAGACCAAGAACUUCAAACCAACUGCCAUCCGGAACCAUUCAAAAUCUGCGGGCUAUAUAAAAUAAGUACUUUUAAAUAUUUGAUAGCUAAAGCCGGAAUUGACUCCACAUGUGGUUUAAAAUCAUUUGAUUUCUUUCCAUUUCCUCUUGCUACAGGGAACCUGAAACAUGUCCUCCACUGAGAGCUGGUGAGACUUUUCACACUUUCAGAGAGAGAGAGAGAGAGAGAGAUAUUUGGCAGCUUUUUUCCUCCCUGCUCUUGCAAAAAAAAAACAUUUUUUCCCCAUCUCAUGCAGUUUCAGUGUGGUGGAAGAAGCUUUGGGGGAUAGUUGCAAAGGCACAAGUUGCUUAUUGCUUGCUUUUGGCUAAAUUGAUAACAGCGUGGCACUUUCAAUGCCAAGAUUGUGGGUUCAAUUCCUGCACGCAUCACAUACAAAAAAAUGACAAUAUGUACUGUAAGUCUAUUUGGAGAAAAGGGCUGUAAUAGUUGUUAAACCCAGGUCUGAGAUAAGUGCUGUGUAGUUGUUAAACCCAGGUCUGAACUAAGUGCUGUGUAGUUGCUAAACCCAGGUCUGAGAUAAGUGCUGUAUAGUUGUUAAACACAGGUCUGAACUAAGUGCUGUGUAGUUGUUAAACCCAGGUCUGAGCAACCGUAAAAUCUGAGCUCUUCUCCACCUACCAGCACUCCAUUGUCUUUGCCCCAUGAUGUAACUAAGCUGGUCCGGGUUUGUUUUAGCUGUCUUGCCAACUCCUAUGGUCACUGUCAACAAGAUAGCACAAACGGAUCUGGGACCGGUCUAUAUUUGAACUACAGGACAUCUGAAAACAAUCAGUAUCCCAAAUAGUUUGGCUUAUGCAUUUGUUAAGGAUGAGUCUUAAAGUAUUAGCACUAAUUCAACGUAAAUCAUGACAAAGCUUUUGGCUGAGUGCCAGCUGGCCUAGGUGUUAAUAAUCUACUUUAGAGCAGGUGUACUCCUCUUGCUGACCCUCGCAUAUUCAAAGUAUUGCUCGAUUUCAUUAAAUAUUCUAUGACACGAGAAUUUUAACAAAAAUAUCAGACAAAAAUGUUUUGCUGCCCCUUUAAGGUUACCUUGGUAACAGGGCCACUGGAGUCAUCAAGUGUGCCUGUGAGGAUAUCACUAGCAGAGGCCAACGGUGUCUCUUUUUGCUAGCAGUGACUCAAACAACUCAAACAAUGAAAAGCAACCUAGUUUGUGAACAAAACAAUGUAAAUGGCUAAGAAACACAAGGACAAAGUCUCACUUUAGUAGACUUUCGAUUAAAUUAGACCAACUUUUAUGCCUGUGCCCAUUGCUUAUAAAAACAAAUAUAGCAGGACUCAUAGCCCCCCAGACAGGCAGUGUUGCUGCAUGAGGUGGGAUAGCUAUAACAUUAGGAUUCAUAUUUCUUUGUUCAUUACCAGAUAAGAAACAAAAUGGCAGAAAUACUUUGAAAACAGCUACUGGAGUAUUUAUUUUGCUAUAAAUCACAACUCGCACUUGUUCCCAUACUUGACUAUCUUUAUUAAAUGCUCACACCUUAGAGCCCGGAGUGUUACCACGCGCCAACGUGGCUGGUGAACUAGACAUUCUUUCCCUCCAAUGCCAAAAUCGAUCCGCAUUUGGCAGGUGGCGGGUGUUAAUUUUAGGCCCUGUUAACGAUUACAAGCAUACUCAUAACAUGAUGCAGGCACCGCUAUGCUUGAAAAUAUGGAGAGCGGUACUCAGUAAUGUGUUGCAUUGGAUUUCACCCAGACAUAACACUUAGUAUUCAGGACAAAACAAUGUAUUGCCUUGCCACAUAUUUUGCAGUAUUACUUUAGUUCCUUGUAGCAAACAGGAUGCAUGUUUUGGAAUAUAUUUAUUCUGUACAGGGUUCCUUUUCACUCUGUCCACCAUCUCUGCAGCAUUCCACCAAUAC